CUCCUCUCACUGACUCCAGCCUGUGUUCAUCUGUAAGGUGAGUCACAGCAGACCAUUUAUUGACUGGAUUCUGAUGAUUUCUGGCCUUUACUGAGGAAAAAUGAGAACAAACUGCCACGUUGUUUAAAUAAGUUUAGCUUGUACGAUGAUAUCAUAAAGCUGAUACAACGCUCUGUCCCUUAUCAGAGUGUGGUUGCAUUCGCAUCUCAUCCGAACCAUGCCAGGGUGCACUUGAAUCGCGUCCAAGACCAUCUCCCCAAGUGGGCCUGGGCCCGGUGCCCAGGUGUGGUUCGUUUGCAUUCACACUACCCAAAUGAACCGGACUUUGGCCUCAAGUGCACUCCGAUCCGGGACCCUAGUGUGUAAGCCACCUAAAUUUAAAAAAAUAAAUUCUAAAUUCUUCUUAUUAAAGAAGCAACAGGUGUAACUUUAAAAUGCUACAACUGAUGUGAAGUAUUCCUUUUAUAUGAUGUUUUUAAACCAUUGUAUUUUUCUCAGCAGAAAAUAUUUGAUUUUAACCUAUUUCUUUGCAUCCCUACUUCCUGCAUCCAACAUGAUACUCUCCCAUCCAGAGGCAUUGCAACACAUUUAGGCAGCUGAAUUAACCAUAUUACAAUCUCAAAAAAGCAACAGGCUUUUUUUGCAGUUGCCUGUUUAAAUAAAAUAAUUGCUGGUGGCUUGUUAGCUGUACUUAAUGACUAUGUUGUGGCAUUAAUGUCUCUGAAAACUAGACCUUUACUUUGAAAUCCUCUGUUUAUGAAAUAAAAAUAAGGAGGUAAAUAUGUGGGACUCUCAUUAUGAUUGAAUGAACAUUUUCAGAGAACAGGCAAAAAAGCUUAUUGUAUAAAUAUUACUUUAAAGGACUGUUGGUUUUCUACAGUUCACACACUAAAAUAGCAUCAACUAUCACAGGCAAGUUUAACCGAGGAGAAAUGUUGGGAUUGUUUUCCUUUAGGGACAUAAUGGAUUCUUAAGAAUUUCAUAUCCAAAUAGGAGUCCAUUAAAAACUGUUUAUGUUCAACUAAGUGCCAGUUUACUUUUUAAAUACAAAGCUAUACUUUUCCAUGUCAGCUGGGAAAAAAUAUUUUUUUCUUAUGUACUUUCCCAGGGCUUUAAUGUAAUCUUAGCCAUAGAGUUUGAGGUCCUCUUUGUUGUCCCAAUUCACCAAUGGCUACUCAGAUGUAAGCAACCAGUUGUGACAUACCAGCUUGGAUUAGCAGCCCCUGUUACUGUGAUGCUCUCAAACCCUAAAAUAGAGAUAGAGAGGGACACUCAAGACAGCAACAACUAGCAGCUGCUUUAUACAUGCAGGCACCAGACCACAUAAACAGUAGAGCGAAGCCUGAGUGAGGCAGCUGGAGUGAAAACCCUGAAGAGAUACCUUGUGAAAGCAAGAAAGACGGUCUUGACAGUGUCAAGAGGUUACAGCAACACUUAAGUGUUCUCUGUGAUGCAACAGCGAGUGGCAGACACAUGUAAGAAGUGAAGCCACCAGCCAAAAGCUAGAGAAUCUAGAAGAGGCAGAAGCAUAUACAUAAAGGCUGAAAUACCUGACUCAACAGGCACAGAGAGCCAGACAUGGCCAAACUCACAGCAGAAGAUAUGCCACGGCUGUUUCCCAGAAUGUCAAUGUGUGAUGUGGAUGAGAAGGUCCGUCUCAUGGCAGAGAAGGUCUAUGCCUCUGCCCUGAAAGAGGAGGACAAUAAGGAUGCUAUGGCACUAUUUAGCGUGCCCGAGGACUGCCCAAUCGGACUGCAUGAAGACAGGGAGAGAGCCCUGAAGAAGGAGAUGGCAGAGCAGCAGUCCCAGGAGUCUGCCAAGAGGAAGAAGAAUUUCAUGUUGAAGCGUUCUCAGUCAGUAUCCUUGCAGCUACCUGUCCCUGCAGAAUGGGCCAUGUCGAUGAUGUCUCCAUUACUCUCCCAAAACACAACUGACUCUUUUCUACCUGAGGGAUUUCCAGACUUCCAGAGAGUAACCAUCAGUGGAGAUUACUGUGCAGGGAUUACAGUUGAAGAUUAUGAGCAGGCAGCCCAGAGUCUCCUUGGGGCACUGUUCAUUAGAGAGAAAUACUCCAGGUUGGCCUACCAUCGCUUCCCAAGGACCAUAGCCCAGUUUCUGCGUAAGGCCAAAAAUGAGACAUGGCAGGAGGAGGACGAGAUCUUGCCAGACAUCUUUCCUUGCCCUCAUGAAGGAGAGGACCCUUACUCCAUGGAGGGUAUUCCUGAGAACCUGAACUACGAGCUUCAGAUGAAAGAUGGCAUCGUUCAUGUUUACGAUGACGCUGAGGCCCUGAAACAACAGCAGCCUCACAGCCUCCCGUAUCCUGACCUUGAGACCUUUGCCAUAGACCUGAGCCAUGUCCUAGCAAUGAUAGCUGACGGCCCCACUAAAACCUACUGCCACCGGCGCCUUAACUUCUUGGCCUCUAAAUUCUACCUCCAUGAAAUGCUGAAUGAAAUGGCAGAGCUAAAGGAGUUGAAAUGUGUUCCACACAGAGACUUCUACAAUGUCAGAAAGGUGGACACACACAUACAUGCUGCAGCUUGCAUGAACCAGAAGCAUCUGCUGAAAUUCAUUAAAACCACUUACCAGACAGAGGCUGAUCGUGUGGUCUUGGAGAAAGGUGGUCAGAAGAUCACACUCAAAGAAGUCUUCAACAACCUUCACAUGGACCCAUACGACCUUACUGUGGACUCUCUAGACGUGCAUGCUGGAAGACAAACAUUUCAUCGGUUUGACAAGUUUAACUCCAAGUACAACCCUGUGGGAGCCAGUGAGCUGCGAGAGAUUUACUUGAAAACCGACAACUUCAUCAAAGGAGAAUAUUUUGCACGCCUUGUUAAGGAAGUGGCCAAAGAGCUGGAGGAGAGUAAGUACCAGCAUGCUGAGCCCCGUCUGUCCAUUUAUGGCCGCUCUGCCAGUGAGUGGGAGGGCCUAUCGACUUGGUUCAUCCAACAUAAGGUCCAUUCACCAAACAUGAGAUGGAUGAUACAAGUUCCAAGGAUCUAUGACAUCUUCAGGUCGAAGAAAUUAGUGCCCAACUUUGCCAAGAUGCUGGAGAACAUUUUCCUACCUCUCUUUGAAGCUACAGUCAACCCACAAAAGCACAAAACAAUCCACAUUUUCCUGAAAUACGUUACAGGAUUUGACAGUGUGGAUGAUGAGUCCAAACACAGCGAUCACAUGUUCUCUUACAAAAGCCCAAAACCAGAGGGGUGGACUGCAGAUGAAAACCCUCCUUACACCUACUAUCUGUUCUACAUGUAUGCCAACAUCAUGGUGCUAAACAACCUGCGCAGGGAGCGAGGACUAAACACAUUCCAGUUUCGUCCACAUUGCGGGGAGGCUGGCUCCAUCACCCACUUGGUUUCUGCCUUCCUGACAGCUGACAACAUCUCCCAUGGGCUGAACCUCAAAAAGAGUCCAGUGCUACAGUACCUGUACUACCUGGCCCAGGUCCCUAUUGCCAUGUCCCCGCUGAGCAACAACAGCCUGUUCCUGCAGUACUCCAAGAACCCUCUGCGAGAGUUUCUACAAAAGGGACUGUGUGUGUCACUGUCAACAGACGACCCCAUGCAGUUUCACUACACCAAGGAGGCCUUGAUGGAGGAGUAUGCCAUUGCUGCACAGUUGUGGAAGCUGAGCACCUGUGAUUUGUGCGAAAUAGCCAGAAACAGUGUGCUGCAGAGCAGCCUCUCACAUCAGGAGAAGAAACACUUCAUUGGGUCAAACUACCUACAAGGUGGACCAGAGGGCAACGACAUUAGGCGGACAAAUGUGGCACAAAUCCGCAUGGCCUACCGGCAUGAGACACUGUGUAAUGAGCUUAGUUUUCUUGUGGAUGCAGUGAAGACUGAUGUCAGCUCCAGUCCAGCUGAGUGAUCACGACAAUCAGACUGUGCCUGGUUUUGUCAUUAACCAUGAAAGAGCAGGUGCAACAUGGUAAAAAUGUGGCAUUGUGAUUAGAAAAAAAGGGUCUUAUUAUUUGCUAAACUUGGUGCAGAGAACUGCUAUGGCCUUCCUCAAGUAGCAAGAUAAAACUUGAUUUUAUACUGUGUUCAGUGCUGUAUUUCUUAAAUGUGCAAGUUACACUGUGCCUUAUUUUUCUGAGCUUUUGAUUUCUCAGCAAUAGUGGGGUAAGUGGUAAAAAAAGUAAAGUCAAAGAUAAGGUUGGCACUGUUUGGUUAUUUUUUUCUGUCACUAACAUAUAUGCACAGUACGAAGGCUUUCAUCCAGGCUGUUGGGGAGAAAAAAAAUUAAGGUCACAACCCUGAGUUCUCUUUUGCUGUUGAAUUUUGUCAAAUGCAUGAUUUUGACAGAAAUUGCUGAAGCCAGACAAAUUUAGUUUUUUGAGCACUUCAUGGUUUCUUUUAAAUGCUGAUCAUCUGAAUGUGUUCAUUUUUAUAUUUGUUAUUUCUUAUAGUUUUUCAUAUGUAAAAUAAAGCUGCAGAA